AUGGAUAGGUUAGUUACACCAAAGACCCCAGAGGCAUCGGAGGAGCCACAUACCGAAGGUCCAGUCGCUAUUAUACAACACAGGCUCGAGAGCUCAACGGAUUUAUUUGUACAACCAACAAUUUCACACAAAUAUCAAACGACGAAGGCUGAACUCGAACCUGAGUGGCCAGUAACACCCAAGAACCUGUCCCCAUCGGAGAAUCCACAUACACAUGGUCCAGUCAACGCCAUAAAAGAGAAGCUCGAUGAACCAUUGACUGCAUCAAAACUGGCAGUCCUUCCAGAAGAGAUUAUCUUAAACAUCAUAAACCUAAUAUACGAAGGCACUGACCAGCAAUCUCGGUUUGCAUUCUUUGUCCUUCGGCAGGUAUCCCGGCAAUUCAGACGUCUGACCAAAGAUAAGAUGUUUCUAUCGCACCCUUUUUCAGACAGAGAUUGCUGUGCAUGGUGUGUCGGCUAUAAGACUGACUCUACUAUUGCUAGAUUGAAGCACAGUAACUGGGUAUUCAGAAAGACCCAUUGCUUUGAGCGCAAGACAAGAUGCGAAGAUACAACAAGACUCGCAAAUCUUGUCAGAAAGGACAAGAUCUGUGAAGAAUGCCAAGUGGAAGUCGACAAGAGACAGAGACGUGGAGUUUCAUUGACGUGCAAGUUUGCCGCCCGAGACAACAGAGAUUGGGUAUACUGCUCCAUCUGCUAUGUCGAACAUCCAUCUUCAUGCUUUUCCCGUGAAGAAUUACAAAAGGAAUCAAAUCGAGCAUGCAUUGCCAAAACGGGUUACGUUCGUCUCUGCGAACAUAAGGUCCUGUUUUGGUAUGACCUGAAACACCAGGCUAUGCGACCGGGUGGGUUUGACGAGAUUCAAAGCUGCAGACAUCCAAGCCAUUUGGAAAACGAUCUCCGUCAUAACGAAUUCCCCACUGCCAAGCUAGUUGGCUCUUAUGACGGCAUUCUUAGUCUGUCGCUGUCAUUGACUGUCGUCUCGGCGGAGAGAUGUCAGACUCUUAUGACGGGUCAGAAUAGCAGCGUAGCAGCCGACCAAGUACUCGAGGCUAUUGAGUCCGUUCGCCGGCAUGGAGCGCAGUGUAUUCUUCCAGAGCGCAACACGAAAGCUCCUCCUGAAAUGGACGCUUUCGUCACCCCAGACAUCCAUGCAGGAGAAGAGGGAAUGUGGACACCCAUCAGGAAAUGGCCCAAACACGGCGAGCUCAAGGAUCGUGAUGAUUGGGGGAAGCGUCCUAAUGGGUUGUCGGUGUUUUGUGAGCCCCGCCACUACGGACUCAAUCAGUCGACCACUCGUCUUUGCUUUCUGUAUGAGAGAAAGAUACGUGUCAGAAACUCGGAUUGGAAUGGACCAAGCCACGACUGGUACCACGCGAUCAGCCCAGAAUCAUAUACAUAUUCUGGACCGCCAGGCGUUCCUGGUACAUGCUCCAGUCCUUCCUGCCGAAACUACUAUUCAUUCACAACGAAUUCAAAGCGCCAUAAAGUUAGUGUGUGGAGACGCUACAGGAUCUCAAGAUAA